GAAAAUUUUCUUCGCAUCCAGCUGGUGUUGUUUUCCCGACGAACGAUUCCCUUCGCGGUCGACCGUCUUGCGGCUGGAAAUUCUCCCGUAAUUUGUUUUGAUUCCCGCGUUUCGUCAGCUAGUUUUUUUUUGUGGGGUGAAGGAAAAAACGAAGAAAAUACGCGCGCACCCGCCGCCAGUGUUGCAGUCAAGCGGUGGUGGUGAGCUAACGGACAAACGACGACGGACGAGUGUCAAAGCAAAGAGCGCCAAAGUGUUCAGUCCGCCCAAAUUUUCCCGCACAAAAAUUCUGCGCUUUCGACACGGGUCAGUGCCAACAGAAACUGUUCAGCAGAUAACGAGUGCUCUUCUAGGUAUCAGGAUUAUGUGCUCUGGAAUUUGAUUCAGUAGUGGAAAUGAAUUCGGUUCUGAAUUUCUUCGAGCGACAGCACGGACAUGGAUUUACGGCGUCGUACGAUCCGGUGAUGACCCGGUUGGCCGUCCUCGAGCAGGACAGUUGGAAGGGGAUCACGCCGUCGCUGUUGACGUCGGAUUUUAAUCCGGCACCGCCGAUUUUGGCGGCGAAAUUUGCCAAGUGUGAAGGGCAGGAGCAUAUUUUGGCCAUAGCAAACGAGGAUGGGAAGAUUGCCCUGCAGGACACAAAUUUGAAGAAUGAGGAGCCGGGAGGGGAGCGGGCGCUGGAGGGGAAGCAGUGUCACAUGAAUGCGGUGUUUGAUAUCGAGUGGAUGCCGGGGAAUAUGAGCUUGGUGUCGGCUUCCGGGGAUCACACGGCGCGGUUGUUUACGGUGACGGAAUCGAGCUUGGAAUGUAUGAGGAUUUUCAACGGGCAUUCGAGGUCGGUGAAGACGGCGGCGUUCAGGCGGAAUGAUUCGGCGGUGUUUGCAACCGGAGGGAGGGACGGAGUGAUAGUGCUGUGGGAUUCGAGGGCUUACUUCGGGUCGAAUAUGGCACCGAGGGCGGAUAACUGUAUCGUGAGUGGACACGCUGGAGGACCUGGGACUCCUUCCGGAUAUAGGAAGCGGACGAGAGCAACGCCCAAGAUUCCGCCGAAUGUUUGCAGCAGUAGUAUAACAGGGUUGGCGUUUCAGGAUGAUAAUACGCUGAUCUCCUGCGGGGCCGGAGAUGGGAUCGUGAAGGUCUGGGAUGUCCGGAGGCACUACUCCACUCACAACCGAGAUCCGUUGCCAAAGCAUAGCUUCCCGUACGCCGGAACAACGACACUAAAGGGUUUCACGAAUCUGCUGAUUGACCACACACGGAAGCGAUUGUAUGUCAAUUGUAUGGACAACCACAUCUACUGUUACAAUAUCUCAACUUACGCGGCUGAGCCGAUCCAGAAGUACAGCGGUUUGAAGAACGACACGUUCUACAUCAAGUCUUAUCUUAGUCCGGAUGGCCAGUACCUGAUCAGUGGUUCCAGCGACGAGAAGAGCUACAUUUGGAAUGUGGACAAUCCCAAACCGUUGGUGCGGUUGUGUGGCCACACAGUGGAGGUGACCAGCGUGGCCUGGAUGCAAACUCACCAGGAAAUCCGGAUUGUGACCUGCAGCGACGAUGCCCGGCACAAGAUCUGGAGAGUUGGUCCGGAGGAGAUCGAUGAGGAUGCCAAGGUGCAAUACAGAGGACAUGCCGAGUACUGCGAUAGCUACCGACAGGAAUCGGUGAAAGUUCGCCUAAAAUCAUUGGAGUUCACACCCCGAUCUAUCCGGAGGCUGGUCGAACAGAACGAAAAGACCCCUAACACCGUCGAGAAGAAGCCUACUGCCAAAAGAACGUUCAUCGAAAUGAAUGGACACGAUCUGGAAGAUCCCUCAACUUCAUACAUAGAAAUCAAACGACCCAACAUCGAAACCCGUGGGCGACGUCUCUUCAGCCCGGCCAACCAAAACUCCCGAUCGUCUGGAAUCGCUGCCCUCGAGAUCGCUUCAUCUUCCGCUUCUUCCCGUAGUCUGUCCACGGUGCUCGAAGAAAGCGAAGACCAAUCUCCCUCCCACACCAAAUCCCCUCUCACCAUGGCAGAUCUCAAUCACAAAUCGCCAAAUCCGGACGAACCGGGCACCAGCCAUCCUCCGAACGGCCUCUCCUCGCCCACCAUUAACCUCCCGAACUUCGUCCUCGACGGAGACGCCCCUCAUCUCGUCAACGUCUCCAAGCGCAAACUCAAAGAAAACGUCGACUGGCUCACGAAAAUCCGCAAGCAAAAGCUUCUCCAAGCGUCAAAAACAUACGAUUCCUCCUCAACCACCACCUCCGAAGAAGUGUCCCUCCUGCUCUCCCCGCGCCUGCAAAUGCUGAAAACCUCCGAGGACCAAGCCGGUCCCCACAGUCCGAGCACUCCCCGGCGGAGAUCUCGGUCCCGGUGCGGAUCGAUCGAUGGCCACCAUCAACCGCGGACGCCCACCAGCAGCCGCCCAAGCACACCGGAGACCUCUAUUCUUAGGUUUUUUACAGUUAAGACCCCCACGAGCACCGGCACCGGAGCCGGAUCCGGUGGCGGCAGUGGGACCAACGCGUGAAUUUGACCAUUUAUUAUCACCCCAAAAAGUUAACAAAAGUUCUACCCCCAUUUUGACGAAUGAAAAAUGUUCCUUUUCGAUUGCUUUUUUUUUGUGUCUGAAGGUUUUCUAUUUUAUUUUUUUAAAUACGUAAAAAAUGCGUUAAUGAUAUUCGCUAACUUAACUGCCUUACUUACACCUACCUACAAUGGAAUAUGUGUUCUUAUGCCUACUUUACCCACACCUAAUCGAAAUAAGAUAACGAACGACUGAAGAAUCUUGUGAAGGCUGUUCUAUUAGAAGCGCCGCUAGUACUAGGUAGGUACGUGAAUUUGUGAAACAGAUUUCCUGCACCGAUUUGUAUGCCAUGUUUUAGUGUAUACUUACAAACACACACACUUCCUAUUAGGGUUAACAAAAAAACAAAGAUGAUAUGAUGCUUGUACAUAUAACUCUUGUAUUAGAAUGUAUUUUUUACCAAAAAAAAAAAAAGUACGGGAAAAGAAAUAUAGUUGAUGCUUGAAUUUAUAAA